UUAGAAACAUCAAUAGUUCAGUUUCCAUCAACAUUUUGUAGUGAUAAAAUAGAUAAAAUGCUUUGCUGCAUUUUCAUCAGUUUAAAAGAUUGCUCUCGGUUGUAAAUUAUCUAAUUUUAUGAAAUAAUGUCCGGUGAAGUGCUGGAAGAGGAAAUUAGUGAAAUUUCCAUUGAUAACAUUGGAGUAAACGAAGAAAUUGAAACAUGCGAGAGUCAGGAACCGCAGGAACAGACUUCCAAAUCCGAAAAACAAAUCGCCGAUGGAUGUCCUGCAACCCUCAUAAAUGAACUCGACAAACAAUCCAUAAAAUCCGCUAAGACGUUCGAUUGCAGCCAUUGCCCGAAAAGUUUCAACGAAAUGCGAAAGUUUCAGCGCCACAAGGAGAGCCACAAUCAAGAGCGGCACAAGUGCGAACAGUGCGGAAAGUUCCUAAAAACACGUUCCAGCUUGAAUUCGCACCGACAAAGGCACCAGCAUGGCAAACGAUUCGAGUGCGAGGUCUGUCGGAAACGGUUUGCGACUGUGAAAGAUUUGAAAACGCACCAGAAGGUUCACGAGGAACAAACGGAGCGGUUUCCAUGUGACGAGUGCGGCAAGGAUUUCGGGCGGAUCUAUUCACUGUUGGACCACAAGCGGUUGCACAGUGGAAAGGAGAUAUUCAGUUGCGACAAAUGUGAUAAAAUUUUCCCUAAACGAAGGAAUCUGCUGCUGCAUGAAAGAUCACAUUUGGUCGAGGAACAACAGAGUAAAUGAAUUGGAAUGUA